UGGAAUCAUUGGAAAAUCAGGGGAAAACAGGGCGUUGUGAGAAGAGAAGAGAAAAAGGGUGGGCAAGAUGGAGGCUGACACCACACCAGUAGUUGUAGUUCUACCUACUACUUAUUCAACUCAACGGUGUAAGUACAAAGAAUGAAUUCAGGAUCGAUCGAUAUUACCAUUAGGGAUCAAAUUCCUCCAGUACUGCUUAGGUAGUAGAUGUGAGAGAACAAACAUCAGAUUAGAAGUUGAUUCACACUUUUGCAGAUAACCAGGUAUUUCAACGUGGCCAAUUAGGUUUACUAAAAACAUUCAUGUCAGAUUUACUAAACCAUAUAAACAAACUCCAACAGCUACUUGGGUUUUGAUACUUUGCAAUUAAUUAAACUUUUAUAGUUGUAUAGUACUAGUGACUUGACAAAUUGUAUAACAUUGGUAAUUAAGCGUCAAUGCAAUGCAUGUUAUGUUAUGUGAAGCCUUGUUAAUUAGUAAGUAGCAUAUGUCAUUGGAAUUUGAGUUAAAGGAAAGAAGAACGUGAUACAGGGCAAAUUUAAACUGUAUCUCAUGAAGGUAAAAACAGUUACAUAUAUCAUUUACUAAUUACCUUGUUAUAUAUAUUUGUCAAAAGGGUACUGACAGUGGUUUUUAGUUGGACUGAACCCGCCUGCGGCAAUCCGUGUAAUUAAGGCUGACAAAAUGGUUGUUCACCCAACCCUGUUUGAUUUUUUUGCUUCCGGUAGCUCGGGUUGGGCCGUACUUUUUUAGAUAGUUUCUCUUGCUUUCUCAGUCUUAUAUAAUCUCUAAUUUCCAUAUUUUUUGUACUUGUAGUAGAAAUUUUCUUGACCUAAUCUUAUUGUAAGUUUGAAUGAACUGACAAUUAUAACUGUCUGUCAUUUAGUUGAAACUGCAAAGAGCCGUUUUUACCAACAUCAAAAUGAAUGGUUCACUGUGAUUUGGUCAGUUUCAAUGCCAAUUCAAUCAUGGUCCACGUGCAUGAGUUAUCAUCAUCUAAAUAAAUGAAAUAUGUCAACUGACUUAUCUUAUCUUGCUAUUUAUAUAGUAUAUGCAUGCAUGGAUGUGUGAUUAAUUGCUGCUUCUGCUGUUGCAUUUGGCGUUGCUAGCUUAUUGCAUAUCUAUCUUUAAAGCCCCAUCACAUGCAAGCGUGUGAUGUGAUGUGAUGUGAUGUGACGAUCCUUUUGGUUUUCAGUGUACGGUAGCACUCUGUUUUGUGCAGAGUGAUGGGUGGAUUCAAGUUUGAAGUGGAGAUUAAUUGAGCUUGCUCAGUGCAGCCAUGUGAGUUUUCUUUCUGAAUUUCAUAAAGUGGGCCCAAAGUUUUCUGUCACCAUAUCAUAUACCCAAUAACUUGGAGUAUAAUUUAUUAAUUGGACUCACCAAUUAUCAAUAUUAUGAUUUUGAUCCCUUCUGGAAAUGUAUGGCUUCCCACUCUGUCUCAAUCAUUACUUACACACACACACACACACACCACUUGUAGUAUACUAUAUAUACUUACUUAGUAUAAAUAUCAACUACAACAACGCCAAAUUAAGCAUUCACUUCCAAAAUUGUUGUUUGUUACAACAAGAUCUACCACUACUACUGCACCACUCUAUAUUUGCAUUCUUUCUGUCUCUUCAUAUCUUUAUUAAUUCAAAUUAAUCUACAAGAUCAUGGGUAUUCGUCUGCCAUUUAUGGUUCUUCAUGCAAACAAGAUAUUCAAGUCAUCAUCACAACAUCUACAUAGUAGAAAUCAUUCCAAUGUUCCAAAGGGACAUGUAGCUGUCUAUGUUGGAGAAUCUCAGAUGAAGCGUUUUGUGGUUCCAAUAUCUUACUUAAAUCAUCCUUCAUUUCUUGACUUGUUAAACCGCGCUGAGGAAGAAUUUGGCUACAAUCAUCCAAUGGGUGCUCUCACUAUUCCUUGCAAAGAAGAAGCAUUUAUUAAUCUUACAUCUCAACUGCGCGAGUGCAUCUUGAAACAUUGAUUUCGAUCAUAGCCUAUGAGAUGACUUAGUAGUUAGUGCUCAUUUUUCUGCCAUUUUUGUUUUUGGUGCUAGCCUAGCUCACCAUUUUUAACAAAUAGUUAUUAUAAAUGUAUUUCAUUGUAUACAGUUUAAUAUAUAUAUUGACUAUUAGAAGCAAAAUAAUUUGUUACCUCCA